CACAUCCAACUGUGUCAUCUAGAGAUGCCACACAAAUAUUGGGGAAAAGUGACUCAAAGAUUGUCGGUUCUCCUAUUGGCUAUGACUUGGCACCUAUGAUGGCAUCACAAGAAUCCUCUAGCAGUAAUGAAAACAUUACAAUCAACAGGAGUGAUUUGGCAGAACCAAACAGUGACGAAAACAAAGAACUCACCAUGCCCAAGCAAUCAUCGACAACUAAGAUUACUGACGAUGCCAAACUCAUGUCUCCAGACUCUGGUACAACUUUAUCAUCUUUAAGUUUUAACAGUCCAGAAAAUGGAAACACAUACCUGAAGGAGCCAGUAGGAUCAGGAGAACAGAGGGAUCAUUCAUACACAGAGAGGAUGAUGGGUACAGGAGGGCUGUCACCGAUGGCACUUCUGUCACCCCCCUCUGGACGACCCAUCAAGAGGAUGUCUCCAAGGUCAAGACGACACUACCGAUCACCAUGCUGUCUGUACCCUGUUCCUGGAGCUCCGUAUCCCACAAUGCUCAGCACCACAGUCCCAGCUGCCUUCCCAUCAUCCAUGUUUGACCAACAGGAUGGCCACCUGAUAAACUGUCCUGUUGGGGAGCUGAUCAAGCUUGACGAAGAUCCGCCUAACCAUGUCCAGCUGAUAGAGUUAGACCAGAAGCAGUCUGAUGUUAAGACUAGUGACCAAACACAGGAACUCGUGGCACUCUUUGAAGAAAAUGGGGCUUCCAUACAAGAACACAAGGAUGAGAUAUCAAAACAAAGUACUAAAUCUAACCUACAGUUGUUGGAAGAGUUACUAGGAGGGUGUGAGGUCAGUCCAUCCAAUGUCGAUGAUGUUGUUGAAGGGAUUAAAGCAGAGGAAGGUAUUACUAACAAGAUUGAUGUGGUAGAGAACAAUUGAUCUGUGUUCCCUUUAACGUUAUGUUUUAGGUUGCUACAUCCAAAAGAUACAUAUCUGUCCAGUACGUUCCAUGCUGCUAUGCCUAGUAGACACAAUAUUUGCUGCAAGACGUAUAGUGAGUGCUGCAACUAGAGUGGAAUAACUCACUGAUGAUUAGAGAAAGUUGAUGUUGAAGACCACCUUUCUAGAGCCUAGGGUACCAAUUCAUUUUCAAAUGUAUAACAUUAAAGUUAACGUUUACUGCU